AUGACAUCUACUGUUAGUAAUUCAUUGGCUUCCGAUAAGGAAUCUUUAGUUUUAAGAACAUGGAAGGCUAAAGGAAAUACAAUUGCAACUGUUACAUUUAUUCAUGGACUUGGAGAACAUUCAGGUCGUUAUGAACAUGUAUUUAGUAAAUUUGCUGAUGAAGGUAUCACUGUCAAUGCAUACGAUCAAAGAGGUCAUGGUACCUCAUCUGGUCCAAGAGGUCAUUCUCCAUCAUUGGAACAGUCACUCAAGGAUGUUACAUUGAUUGCAUCAAAUGCCGAGGCAAACCUUCCACAUUUUAUCUAUGGUCAUAGUUUUGGUGGUUGUUUGGCUCUUCACUACACUCUCAAAAAGAAGGAACAAGCUCCAACUGGUUGUAUCGUUACUUCACCACUCAUUAAACCAGCUACCAAGGUAUCUUCUGCAAAGAUCUUCUUUGGUAAUCUCUUUGGAAAGAUUAUGCCAACUACCACUGUCACCAACAGUGUCAACGCAAGUCACAUCUCAAAGGAUGAACAAGUUGUAAAGGCCUAUUUGGAAGAUGAACACGUUCACAACAAGAUCUCUCUUGGUAUGGGUAAAUGGUUACUACAAAAGUGUGAUCAACUCAUCACUCUUGCCCCACAAUUUGAAGCUCCACUCCUCCUCAUUCAUGCUGCUGACGAUAAGAUUACUUGUCCAAAGGCAUCUGAAACUUUCUUUGAUAGAGUUGCUUCACAAGACAAGACCCUCAAGUUAUGGGAAGAUAUGUAUCACGAAGUUCACAAUGAAAAAGAUAAGGACCAAGUUAUUGCUUUUAUUUUGAGUUGGAUCAAGGAGAGACUCAAUAGCUCUGCUGUCAUCCCACCAACUGCUGUCGAGGUUGUCGUUGUUCAACAAGAAGAAAACAAGGAAGAUCCUACUUCAACCACCAUCUUGGUUUCUACUGAACAAAAGAAAGAGGAAUCAGCUCCAGUAGUAGUCGUUGAGGAAAAGAAGGAGGAAUCGGCUCCAGUAGUCGCUGAAGAAAAGAAAGAAGAAUCAGCUCCAGUAGUUGAAGAAAAGAAGGAGGAAUCGGCUCCAGUAGUCACAAUCGAUGAAGUUAACCGUAUCGCCAAGGAAAAGGCCGACCAAGAGGAAGCUGACCGUAUCGCUGCUCAAGAAACCGCUCGUAUCGCCAAGGAAAAGUCCGAUCAAGAAGAAGCUGAUCGUAUCGCUGCCCAAGAAACCGCUCGUAUUGCCAAGGAAAAGGCUGACCAAGAGGAAGCUGAUCGUAUCGCCAAGGAAAAGGCUGAUCAAGAAGAAGCUGACCGUAUCGCCAAGGAAAAGGCCGAUCAAGAAGAAGCUGAUCGUAUCGCUGCCCAAGAAACCGCUCGUAUCGCCAAGGAAAAGGCUGACCAAGAGGAAGCUGAUCGUAUUGCCAAGGAAAAGGCCGACCAAGAAGAAGCUGAUCGUAUCGCUGCCCAAGAAACCGCUCGUAUCGCCAAGGAAAAGGCCGACCAAGAAGAAGCUGAUCGUAUCGCCAAGGAAAAGGCUGAUCAAGAAGAAGCUGAUCGUAUCGCCAAGGAAAAGGCUGAUCAAGAAGAGGCUGAUCGUAUCGCUGCUCAAGAAGCCUCUCGUAUCGCCAAGGAAAAGGCCGAUCAAGAAGAAGCUGAUCGUAUCGCCAAGGAAAAGGCUGAUCAAGAGGAAGCUGAUCGUAUCGCCAAGGAAAAGGCUGACCAAGAAGAAGCUGAUCGUAUUGCCAAGGAAAAGGCUGAUCAAGAAGAAGCUGAUCGUAUCGCCAAGGAAAAGGCCGAUCAAGAAGAAGCUGAUCGUAUCGCCAAGGAAAAGGCUGAUCAAGAAGAAGCUGAUCGUAUCGCUGCUCAAGAAGCCGAACGUAUCGCCAAGGAAAAGGCCGAUCAAGAAGAAGCCGCUCGUAUCGCCAAGGAAAAGGCUGAUCAAGAAGAAGCUGAUCGUAUCGCCAAGGAAAAGGCCGAUCAAGAAGAGGCUGAACGUAUCGCCAAGGAAAAGGCCGAUCAAGAAGAAGCUGAUCGUAUCGCUGCUCAAGAAGCCGCUCGUAUCGCCAAGGAAAAGGCUGAUCAAGAAGAAGCUGAUCGUAUCGCCAAGGAAAAGGCCGACCAAGAAGAAGCUGAUCGUAUUGCCAAGGAAAAGGCCGACCAAGAAGAAGCUGAUCGUAUCGCUGCUCAAGAAGCCGAACGUAUCGCCAAGGAAAAGGCUGACCAAGAAGAGGCUGAACGUAUCGCCAAGGAAAAGGCUGACCAAGAAGAAGCUGAUCGUAUCGCCAACGUAGAAGAGACUCCAUCAACUGAAGAAAAGAAGGUAGAAGAAACCCCAUCAACUGAGGAAAAGAAAGUAGAAGAAACCCCAUCAACUGAAGAAAAGAAGGACGAAGAAAAUAAGGAUUCAUCAUCAUCGUCAUCAUCUGAUGAAGAAGAGGAAAAGAAGAGUGAAGAAGCAACCCAACCAAAGCAACCACAACCAGCUCAAGCCAAGGGUAACAAGAAUAACAAAAAGAAUAACAAAAAGAAGAAUAACAAGAAGAAAUAA